CCGGAAGUGACGUAGCCUUCCGAAGAGGAAGCCAUGGUGCCUUCGAGGCUUCUCUCACUAGGACCGAGGACUGUGCCUGGGGGCGUGGGGCGCUGGACUCCGGUCCGGCUGUGGCCCCCUUCUCCCAGGCUGCUCUCAGACAGCUGUGGGGACCACGCCAAGCACCGGGAACCCCCCAGGAAGAAACUGCUCUCCGAGAAAAAACUGAAGAGACAUUUCGUGGACCACCGCCGGGUGCUCGUCUGCGGGGGCCGUGGCGGCGACGGGGUGAGCUGCUUCCAUAGCGAGCCCCGGAAGGAGUUUGGAGGCCCAGAUGGUGGCGAUGGAGGCAACGGUGGCCACGUCGUCCUGAGAGCUGACCGGCAAGUCAAGUCGCUGUCCUCAGUGCUGUCUCGGUACCAGGGUUUCCACGGAGAGUCCGGUGGCAGGAAGAACUGCUUCGGGCGCAGCGGCGCCCUCCUCUACGUCCUGGUCCCAGUGGGCACGUUAGUGAAGGAGGGAAAGGAAGUCGUGGCUGACCUGUCGCGCCCGGGUGAUGAGUACAUGGCUGCUCUGGGCGGGGCAGGAGGAAAAGGUAACCGCUUUUUCCUGGCCAACGAGAACCGCGCACCUGUGACUUGCACCCCUGGACGGCCCGGUCAAGAACGCAUCCUCUUCCUGGAGCUCAAGACGAUGGCCCACGCUGGAAUGGUUGGGUUCCCCAAUGUUGGGAAGUCUUCCCUCCUCCGGGCCAUUUCGAACGCGAGACCCGCUGUGGCUUCCUACCCGUUCACCACUCUAAAGCCCCACGUUGGGAUUGUUCACUGUGAGGACCACCAGCAGAUAGCAGUGGCCGACAUCCCAGGCAUCAUCCGGGGUGCGCACCAGAACCAGGGCCUGGGGAGCGCCUUCCUCAGGCACAUCCAGCGCUGCCCAUUCCUCCUGUUUGUCGUGGAUCUGUCGGAGCCGGAGCCGUGGACGCAGGUGGAGGACCUGAAGUUCGAGCUGGAGAAAUAUGAAGCCGGCCUGUCGGAGCGACCGCAUGUGGUCGUGGCAAAUAAGAUCGACCUCCCGCAGGCCCGAGCGGCUCUGCCCCAGCUGCGCGCCUGCCUGGGCCCGAGCGUCAUCGCCCUGUCGGCCGCGACUGGGGAGAACUUGGAGGCGCUGCUGCUGCGCCUGCAGGAGCUCCACAGCCGGCACGUGGGUGCCGAGCUCCGCUGGUAGCCACCGGGCCCGUCGCCCAAAAGUGACCACCCUGACGCGGCUCUGGGUGGAGAGAAGAAAGUUGCUGCUUUGCCUUGCGCUGUCCCUGGCGCUCCCUCU